CAUGCAAGAUGGAUCGCAUCACUCAUGCAUCGAUUUGGUUCUGCAGGAUUCGAGGAGAAGAAGGAGGUCCCGAUCGGUGUGGGUGUGGGUAGUGUGGGUAGUGGUCGAUUUGGUCCCAUUGGAGGUGUAAUUGUUGUGGGGUGUUUAGCUGUGAGCAUGAGUGUGAGUGUGAAUGUGAAGUUGUGGAGCUGAUGCGAUCGCACUUGAUGUGCACUGGUGUGAAUGUUUGUUCGUUGAAUGCAUGGCUUAGUGAUGGUGGGCCGCGUUGCGCAUACGAACGGGUUAUUAAUUUGAGCGUGGUCUUUGUUCGGUACUGGACGGGAGGGAAGGCUGUGGUCGGAAAUGCUACAUAAUAGUUGGGAUGUUGGUUAUCUCUGGAGAGUGAAUCAUUUGCCUCUGCUCAAGUAAUGCACCAUCAGUCUGUAAUUAUUGAUGUUUUGUGUCGAGGGUAUGUAUUUGCGAAGGGUGUGAAUUUGCUGCUGGAUCAUCUGAAGCCAUCACACUCCGCUAGAUGGGUGCGAUAUUAUCAGGCCUCCUCGGCGGGGUCAAACACGGGUUUGCGGGCCAAGGUUGCAGAUAUGGUCCCAGAGGAGAGAGUAGGUGUCCUGCACACGUGAAUUGUUCCCUGAUGCACCCCUUCGUAUUCCCAUACUCUUGCCUCUUCCUGGAAACAGUAAGAUCGUUGCAGACGAUUGUAUUGUCAGAUAACGACAUGUGACUUGGCCGAGGUUUUUGAGGAGAAAUUUCUUUCCAGUAAUCUAUAGUUUGUUUGCGAAAAGAGGAAAUAUUGAAGGCCAUUAAGAGCAGGUAUGGAAAUGUGUCACUCGAAGAUAAUACCGUUGAUAUGGUAAGAAAAGAUCAAUAUGUUUCAGGCAUUGCAGUGCAAAUAUGUCUUGUACAGCAAGGCUACCAUGUAAUUUUGGCACUAAUGUGGUUAACCCCCGAAAAUAUGGUCCGAUGGAGGUUUUUGCUGCAGUAAUGAUUACAAGUGGCCUCGUUACUGUAUGAUUUCGACUGGGUGUUGUGUACUGGAUGCUGCCUAUCAGGCAAUUGGUGGAAUGCGCGGAAUCAAAGGCAUGUUAUGGGAGACAUCCUUACUCGAUCCUGACGAGGUGGUACCUUGGUUUGGGCAUGCUGUGCUGAGGAAAAUGGAACCCCGAUACAUAUGUCAGCGUGAAUUUGCUCUCAAGCAUCUUCCCGAUGAUCCUGUGUUCAAGAUGGUGUCGAAAUUGUUUGAGGUGGUUCCCCCCAUUCUUUUAGCAGGCGGCAAAGUGAAGAACCCCUGGCCUAAUGCCCACAGCGGUGUUCUGCUGCAGUACUACGGUUUGAAGGAACAAAAGCGAGUUACAACAGCUGCAAUAUUCCUGAACUACCAUCUUGAUAGCCUGAUGAUACGUCAUGCUUUUCGUUUCCAUUGAACUGCUCAUCUGGGAUCAAGCACUUGGGCUUCCAAUUGAGAGACCAAAAAGUAUGACGUUUUCUUACAUUGAAAACUAUUGCAAGUCCAAAGCAAGUAUGACCAUAAACUAUUCCCUAUUUAGUCCAUUAGUGAGGACAGGGUCCUGUUUACUUGAGAUAUCCCUCUUGUAACUUAUUCCCACUUUUCAACAAGGCGUAUUCAGUUGUCAUUCGCGAAUUGACACGGCAUCUUGAAUAUUCUGCUUUCAAAAGCUUUGACGAA